AGAAAGAGCCCCUACCUAACAGGGCUGCUGGGGAAGCGCAGUCCACAGGAAUCUGUCAUCAGUGUUAGAAGGAGUGGGUGCUGGAAGACAUGGGAAAAUGACAAGGGAAAAGGCUGGUAGGGGGCUGGGGAGAGGAGACCCGAAGGGGCCCUGAACAGGACAGCCAGGCUGGACCUCAGGUCAGCCAGGGAUGCUGGUGAUGGGUGGGGUUGGGGACCAGGGAUGGGCAUGGCUGGGUAGGAGCUGGGCACUCUGUCCUUACCCCUCAGAGCCCCUCUAAUUAAAUAGGACCGCCAGCUGUGGUGUGGAACAAGAUCACUGCCCCCUGCCCCCAGCUUUGCCCUGGAGCACAUGGAGCUGAGACCUGAUGCCAGCUACAAGGAGAAUGUGCCCCCCAGGCUGGCAACCUCCCUGAGGCCAGAGCCACAGAGACUCCGGAAGAGCCUGGGUGUCAGCUUGGGCAGUAGACAUGGCCGGUGGGUGCCCGUGGGCCCGGCUGAGAGGGGAGGGCCUGCUGCCACACCACGCCUGGGGACAGCGCUGCGCCAGGAGCCUUGCCAAGUCCAGAGCAACCUGACCAGCCCCAGCCCCAGCCCCAGCCUGGGCCUCAUCCUGAGGGACAGGACCGGCCGGCUGACCAACUCAAGCUUCCGGCAGCAGGUCAACCUGCAGUCCUUGGUUGGGAGACCCCAAGGGACAGCCCAAGACUUUGCGAUCCAGCAAAGUAACUUAUGCGCAAGGGAGACCCACACGGCUGAGUGUGGACGUCUCACCAGCCCCCAGCUCUGGUCAGAGCCUCAGGAGAGCUUCUCGCCCCUGAUGCCCCAGGGAAGCCCCCUACCACGAGGGCCACUGGCUCACCCAUCCUCCAAUCUGAGGCGGUCCUGGCUGCUGGCCACAGAUACCUCUUGCCCAGACAUCAAGCUUACUACAGGGCUGGCCCCACUCAAAGGGCCCACAUGGUCAGACCCCAGAUCCCAGUGUGGCCUGGGGGGCUGGACCUCCAGGCUCGUGGGGGAACCCCUGACCCUGAAAGACCUGGCUGUCCCUGCCCAGAUUGCGCCUCAGGCCCCAUCCCAAGCUGCCAUUCACCAGCUGCUGGUCUGCGUGCAACGCCUGGAGUGUGAGGCAGUGAGGCUCAGGUGCCAGGCAUCCUGGGAACCCCCAGGCCCUGUGCGGAAGGAGCCCUGGACCAGAGCUGGCCAGACACUCCCUGUCUGCUCCCGGCCCUGCCAGCCUGUUCUUGAUUCCUGGGAUGAGAGGAGGAGACACUCCCGAGGCCUCAGGGGAACUCCCGGUUUCCCAGAGACACAGGAGGCCCAGGAGGGUCUCUCAGACUCUCAGGCAAGCAGCAAGCAUGCAUCACUGAGGAUCACUCUGGAGAUGCUGCCUGGGGAUGCCCUUGAUCCUGAGCAGGUGGUCCUUUCUGCCUGCCCCCUAAGGCAAGGAGAGCAGUGCUUCCCAGGGACUACACAUGGAAGGAGGGAACAGGGCCUCAAGGGAGUGGAUCAGCAGGGAGAAAGAAAGGUCAACUUCCGGGCCGCCAGGCAUAGCCUCCAUGAGGAGUGCCCUGCAGGAGCCCUUUUUUAUGGGAUUUCCAAGGCUAGCCCUCUGCAGAGGAAAGUCCUCCCAGUGUCCAGCCAGUGGAGCAUCACCCUCCAUGCUGGAAAGGCAAUCUGGCAGUGGCUGUCCAGAUGUUUCAGAGCAUGGUGGUGCUGGGCACAGCGGCGGCAGGCAGUGGCGGCGGCCGUGGCGCUGGGCCGGCGGCAGCUGUUACGCAGGGGUCUGCGGGCACUGCGGUGGGGACUGUGGCUCCGGGAGGCCCAGCUGGAUGCGGCAUGGGAGCGACACACACAGGCCCUGCUGGCCCGGACCUUCCAGAAGUGGAGACACUUGAUUCAGCAACACAAACAAGGGCAGCCUCACGUCCAGGCUGGGCCAAGACCUCUGUCCUCCGGGGCCAGGGAGGGCAUCAGUUUCUAUCUGGGCAACUUCACUCUCAGUCCAGGGAGUUUGAGAGAGGAGGCGGGAGCCCAGUCGAUUCCGUUGUGUUCUGGGCUGAGGCCAGAUGGAGGAGAGAGGAGAGUCCCGAUCCUGCAGGCUCUGCAACAUCUGGCUGUCUUCCUCCUGUGGUGCCAUCAGAAGGAAUGGGCCAGGCAGGAGAAGGGGGUCCAGGGAGAGGCCUCCCAGGCCACGCUGAGGACUCAGAGGAUGGGGAGGCCCCCCCACACCUGGCGUUCUCCUGCUGCAGGUGCAGCCUGGGUGGCCCUACUGGACCCUCAGCACCGGAGAGCCUGGCUCUGCAGGUGCUUUGGGGCCUGGCAGCGUUUCGUGCAAAGAGGGACCCGGUACCGGGACUACGUGGCCAACCGCCAGGCAGGGACCCUGAGGACGUGCUUGCAGCAGUGGGUGCAGAUGAAGCAGCUCCGGGCCUCAGAUGGUGCGAAGGUGGCCCAGCUGUCCCUUUGUUGGCAGAAGGCAGGGAACAUGGUUCUCUUCAGCUCAGUCCCUGGAGGGGCCACAGCCCAUGGGCUGAGGUUCAUGGCCGCAGCCCGGGUGCUGCCUCAGGAGCAAGGCCAGGGCUCCCUGCAAGAAGCCUGCCGGAAGCUGGCCCUCCAGCGGGUGCUGUUGCUCUGGAGGACACGGCUGUCCCAGCGCCAGCGGGCGGAUGUGCUGCUCAUGAAGGUCACCCUGGGACUUUGGGAAGCCCAGACAGCACCCAGACCAGUAAAGCAGAAUCUUCAGGGGUGGGGCCCCAGUGGACCCCGGUAUCUCUUAGAGUCCUGGGUGGUCCCAGUGUGCAGCCAGUCUGGUGGUGCCCAGCUCUGUGCCUUUCCAGCAGCCCCAGCCACAGGUGAGGUGCGACCCCAGCACUCCCCUGCCCCCUCCUGUAGCUCCUUCUUCGAGGGCGUGCAAUGGCGGGCACUGAGGCACAUCCUGAGGGGCUGGCGCCUGAGAGCACAGGAUCCGGGCAGUGCCAGGAUUGCCUCGGCCCCAGAUCCGCCGCCAGGCCACAGCACACACCGGAGAAGCUCCCAGGACAAGGCUUCCAGGGCCCCCGCCCUCCUGGAGAUGCUCCAGUUGAGCUUUCUGUGGGCAGCGGGUCGGCGACAGCAGGGGCGAUGCCUUCUGCUCUGGCGGGCGCAGGCCCAGCAGUCCCGGGACGCAGCGAGGUGGCACCAGAGCACACUUCAGAGGCGCAUCCUCCUUGACUGGAGCCACUGGGCAACAGCCCAAGGGGCCCAGAGAGAGCUGGCUGCCCGCUGGGCCUGGGAUCGGAGGGGCAGGGCUGCCCUGGGCCUGUGGCGGCAGCGGCUGGUACAGCAGCGGGAGGUGGAGCGGCGGGCCCGGGAACAGGGCCGGAGACUGCAACGACGUGCCCUGGGCCACUGGCACUUCUACUGGCAGAGACAGGUGUUCCUGCAGGAGAAGUGCCAGCGGUGGGUGCAGGCCCGCCUGCAGGGCCUGCGGAGGGCCAUGUUCUGGGGCUGGCAGCAGGCAGCAGCUCGCCGGAGACCCGUGGUGGCCAGUCCAGAGCAGCUCCUACUGCAGAGGUGGGUGGGCCUGGGGGUGGGAGUGCGAGGGUCAUCCCCACCCCAGAAGCAGCAGGGAGAGUGCCUAGGGAUGGGAGGCUGGGUGGCCUCUGCAGCUCGAGACACAGGCCAGGCUGGAGACCUGGCAUCCAGGCAACAGGGGCAUGAAAGGAGAUCCCAGCCUGGAGUCAAAACCACCAAGCUUCCAUUCUCCAUGUUGUUCAGGAGGUGGGGGAUAGCCUGGUGUGGAGUCGUGAAAGCCUCCUGGGCUAAGCAUCCAGCCUUCCAAGAUGGUCUGAGCAGACGGAUACCCAGUGCCACGUUUGCCAGUGAGGCCCCAGUGGCCACAGCCCAGCCUUGGGAGCUGCGUGCGGCCCGGGCCUCCUGCUGGAGAAGCCGAGAGCAGAGGUGCCAGGCAGACAGGCAGCUGAGGAGGACCUGGGCCCAGCAGGCCUUCGUUGCAAGGCGAGUGGCCCCAGGCCAGUGUCGCAAGGCCUGUCGGCAGGCAGGAGAGAGCUCCAGGGCCCAGGCCCUUUGCUGGAUGCUGUGGGCACCAGGCUGGGACCAGGCGCUUCCUGCGAACCCACUGGGCCCAGUGGCGGACAGCACUGUUCAGAGUGUGGCUAGAACCACAGGCGGAGGUCCAGAAGGCCAGCAGAGCCCACCCGGCCAGGCCCAGGGCCAGCUUCCGGUGCUGGACUGGGCUGGCCACCAGAGGGCGCCUCCUGGUGCUGAUGAACCCUCCAGCCCUGAAGAGCCAGACUCGCAGCAGCAGGCCAUGGACCAUGGGGCCCAGCCCAACCCAGCACCGCAGCCCCAGUGGACAGAUGCAGGGAGAAGCGUCCUGGGCUCAGAUUCAACCUCCAGAAGCAUUGGGGCAGGCCCGGCUGCGCCGGCUGCAGAGCUCCCAGCAGGCCAGGCUCCAGGCAGCCAUGUGGCAGCGCUGGGUAGAUGCUCAGGGGGCGGAGAGGCUGGCGCAGACACUGCCCUAACCCCUGGACACGCUGUCUCUCCAAGUUUGGUCUUUGAACCUACCAAGCCUGAAACCUUGGGAACAGGACCAGGGACCUGCACUGUUAGCACAUCUCUGACGACAUCCCCUUGUCACACCCCCUUUCCCCCCGCGCCGGGGCUUUUAGCCUGGAGCAGAGGGAAUGGCCCCCUCUUCCCUCAGGGCUGCAGGUGGGAAGAGGCAGCGGAGGGGCUGGGGGCUGCUGGGGAUAGUGGUGGGCCCACUCAGGGCCUCCUAGCAACUGUCCCCACAGCUCAGGCAGUGGCACCUGAGAUGGGUCUGGCGACUGUGGCGGUGGCGCGUCCUGCGGUUGCAGGUGGCUCAGCGGUUCCAGAGUCAGGAGGACGGCCGGGUCCUUUCCCAGGUACCGGCGGGGGCCCCAUCUCCAGCAGGCCCUUCCCAACAGGGCCACACCUGAGCAUUCCUGAGCUGUGCCCUCCCUGGCGGCUGUCCCCAGAGCCUCUCCGUUUUCAGGGAGGGGUCAAUUCAGCCUUUAAGAAGUAGCACCAGUGUCUGGCAGCCAGGGGCCUGAGGACCAGAGCCAGCAGCAACGUGAGGCCCUGGGGCAAGGCAGGCCUCAGGAGGCCUGGAAGCAGGCUGGAAGCUGCCAGAGCCCCAGCACUGGGUGGACCUGGGGCGGAGAAGGGGGCCCAGCUGCAGCUGUGA